AACAGCAGCUUCCAUUUUGAUACGCGUCCUUGCAAAUUUUUGACCUACUAGAAUCCUGUUUGUACAACAAAAAACGCGUGGUUUGCGGUUGAAUAAUGCAUGCGAAUGUGACAUCUGACCGUGGAGGUGGUGGUGGUUCUUGGAGGUUACCCCCGGACGAAACUUUGCAAGUGCAAGAUCCUAAACAAAAGGAUCAAGACUUGGAUCUUGAUGAAGGACACAAUUGGCGAAGUAUAAUCUUUUCGUUAUUAGUAAUUAGUUUUGUAAUUGCUGGUAUUAUAACAGCGAUAUAUUUGUUAGGAUAUGUCGAUGAACUUUUAUAUUGGUCUGGCCGUAGAAUGAUCUUAGAUGAAUACUUACAGGGGGAGUUAACCCCAACCAGAUUGCAGCCAUCGUGGGUAACUACGAAAAAAUAUGUAUUCCAAGCCGAUGACGGAGGUUUGGCCAUUUUGGAUACAACAACAAACUCAAUAAACAUAUUAGUAACUAAUCAUACGAUUCGUCAACUAAAUGUACAUGGCUAUCAAUGUUCACAUGAUUUAAAAUAUGUUCUUUUUAGGCAUAAUGUUAAGAAAAUAUUUCAGAAAUCUUUUACUGCGUUCUACACAAUCUAUGAUAUAGAAAAUGAUCAUCAUAUGCCAGUUAAGCUAAAGGAUUCAUACAAAGUUCAAAGAACGCGUCUACAAUAUGCAGCCUGGCUUGGAAAUUCCUCAUCAAUAAUUAUUGUUGCCGACAAUGAUAUAUUUUUAAGGCAAUCACCUUCAAUUGAAGAGGAUGUUCGAAUAACAGCAACAGGACAUGAAAAUAUUAUUUAUAAUGGUGUUCCUGACUGGCUGUAUCAGGAAGAAAUUUUCGAGAACCCAGAAGCUAUAUGGCCCUCUGCUGAUGGAACUCACUUUAUGUUUGCUCUGUUUAAUGAUACUCAUGUAGGUAUGAUGACGUACCCGUGGUUGUCAUCUGGAGCGAUAAUAGCUGGUAGUGGUAUGAGCUCAGGAAGUUCUUUUCCUGAAACAAAAAAUGUUCGUUAUCCUACUCCAGGCACUGCCAAUCCAGAAGUUCAGCUUUGGGUAGUAGACAUAUCCCAUUUGGCCUCGACACAGAAAAUUAAAUUAACGCCACCUCAAUCUAUAAUUGGGCAGGACUAUUACCUCACCUCUGCUGGAUGGGUAUCUGAUACCAAUCGUCAAGUAUCCGUGGUUUAUAUGGCACGAUCGCAAAAUUAUAGCGUGAUUGCAACAUGUUCUAAAGAUCAGAAUUGGACUUGUUCUGAAGUUCAUUCUGAACGUGCACCAGAGGAUGAGUGGCUAGAUAUAUUCUCACAUCCCAUAUUCUCAUCGGAUGGAAAUAGCUUCCUAUUGCUUGCAAGUGUUCAAGAAUCUGGUCAUGAUCAUUUUACGCAUAUAAAACAUAUUACUAUAACUCAACAAAGAAUUUCGGUGAUAUCUCAUGGCCGAUACGAGGUGUUAAAAAUACUUUGUUGGGAUACAGUAAACCAUAUUGUUUACUAUUUGGCAACACAAGAAAAAAAACCCGGCCAGAGACAUUUAUACACAGUCAAAGAUCCUAUACAUGACGAUACCAGAAAAAUUGAACCACAAUGUAUAACCUGCGAUUUAGGAGAAGCUCUUUGGAGUAGUCGAUAUUAUUAUGUAAAUUGUUCACAUUUUGACGCCUUUAUGACACCUUCCUUAGGUGUUGCAACAAAUUAUGCAAUAGAAUUCUAUAUUUUAGAAUGCCAAGGCCCAGGGCUACCUGUAUCAGGCGUACAUAUGCAUAAAACGCAUAGUCUAGUUAAAAUUUUAUAUGAUACACGGCCUUAUUACACAGAAAGGCUGCAAAAGCUCGCUUUACCUUUACAGAGAUCAUUCGAAAUUCCAUUGCCACAUGGUAGCCGAGCUCAAGUACAAUUACUUCUUCCCCCCAGUUGGAGAGAGGAGCUACGAGAUGCCGCAUUUCCUGUUGUUGUAGAAGUAAAUGGACGACCAGGUUCCGAGUCAGUUUCCGAAAAAUUUCGAAUCGAUUGGGGCACUUACAUGUCAUCACGUAAUGAUGUUAUUUAUAUUCGUUUGGAUGUAAGGGGUGCAAAAGGACAAAGCAGGAAAUCUCUAUAUCGUCAUUUGGGCGGAGUUGAAGUUCAAGAUCAGAUAUCUGUAUUAAGAUAUUUAUUGGAUACAAUAAGUUUUCUGGAUGAAACAAGAGUCGGUAUAUGGGGAUGGGGUUACGGAGGCUACGUUACAUCCAUGGUUCUAGGCACUCAGCAGGAUAUUUUCAAGUGUGGAGUUGCGAUUUCUCCUAUAGCAGAUUGGCUUUACUAUAAUUCAGCCUUUACUGAGCGAAUAUUAGGACUUCCAACCGAAAAUUAUAAAGGAUACGUCGAAGCGGAUGCAACUCAACGUGCUCGGCUAAUAAAAUCCAACUCUUUUUUUUUAAUUCACGGCUUAGCAGACUCAACUGCACCUUACGUACAUGGGGUUCAAUUAGCUAAAUCCUUAACCAACGCAAAUAUUUUAUAUAGAUAUCAGACAUAUGCAGAUGAGGAUCAUGACUUAAAUGGUGUACUCGAACACGUUUACUCAUCUAUGGAACAUUAUUUUGCGGAGUGCUUGAGCCUGGAUCCCGACGAUACAAAACCCGACUUAGAUCAGAAUUUGGUUCCAGCAGAAUAAUAUGUUUAAGUCAUUCAAAAAUGUAAAUAGUUUGCUUAAAGUGAUAAACAAAUGCAACAGAUUUGAAGGCGCUACAUUGGUUUAAUCAAAUAAAAGGAAUUACCCAUGGAAAUCUGAAA